AGCUGUUUCACUUCGUAAAUAUACCGCACUGGUAGCGCGGUAGCGUCGGUGGCAGGUGUCACCCGAAUAUCGGGCGUCCGAUUGAUCUCCGAACUUGACGAAGAAGAAGAAUAUCGUACGCCGAGAGCGUAAAUCUGGCUUUUCUUAAAAUUAAACGUAAAUAACAAAAAGGGGGACAUUGACGGCGAGGUUUGUUCUAUCGGGGAAAAUGUUUAGCACCAAGACCUUCGACGUUGUGAGCUUCGACUCGGAAUUGUCCGCUGCGAGGUUGGAGACGUCCGCGAACGUCCAAACGACGGAGAUAGUCUACGCCGCUGACGACACGCAGACCGCGGAGACGAGGAGUGUCGGGAGCCAGACGGUGAGCGGACAGAAAACGGAUGCGCAGGUAGAUUACGACAGGCUGGCGGAGUUUCUGAAGAAGGUCACGCCAGGGAUCCUGGAGGCCCUCGACGAAGCUUACGCCAGCAGCGCGUUCGACGACUACAACCCGAAUGUGACCGAGGCUUCGUCCGCCACAGUGGAGUUAUUGAAGAGGAUAAGUACGUCGAGAGAGACGGACGCGCAGAUCAAGAUAAGCGACCUGUCGUGGAGCACCGUCGGCGGAACAUUAGCGGUAGGCCUCAGUCACACCUAUCACGAGGCAUGGUGCGAUCACCUUUCCGCGAUCCAGUUGUACAAUCUCACGACCGAGGACAAUGUCGCGGACGCGCCCACCAGAACGUUGGAGACGAGCGGAUGCGUUACAACGCUGUGCUACCACCCGACACAGCCCUCCAUCCUCGCGGCCGGAUUGUCCAAUUGGGACGUGUUGAUCUGGAAUCUCAGGAACGACGACUCCGUCGUGCCGAUGCACGUGUGCACUCACGGCGACUGCGUGUCUCAGGUGUGCUGGCGGCCGAGAUCCGUCAACGACGUGACCCUGUUGCUGAGCUCCAGCACGGACGGAUACAUACUGAUUCACAAAGUAACGGCCAACUUCACGACCGUCGAGUCGUACAAGCGAUUCAAGAUAGUUAAGGAACGUAAUCCGGUGGAAAGCGUCAGGCCACGCAGCGCCGGGGGUACGCGCGAGCGCGCCGCUGAGGCAGGGCUGUGCAUCACGAGUUUUGACUUCUCGCCGAAACAUCCCAGUAUAUUUGUCGUCGGAACGCUGUGUGGUGGAAUCUAUAAAUGUAGCUUGGACAGUGUAACUUCCAUCGAAGGAGAUACCACGCUUUUAGAUCCCGUGAUCGACGAAUAUGAAAGACACGGAGGUAGCGUUACCUGCAUUAAGUGCUCGCCUUUACGCAAUCUAUUUGUCAGCAGUGCCACAGAUAAGGAAAUCCGUGUAUACAAUCUUGACGAGCAUGUCGGCCAGCGAACCAUUUCCGUGGACAACACAGUCGUGGGAUUAACGUGGAUGAUUGGUAAUCAAGACGUAUUCGCGGCAUACGGAGCGGGCGUGUGUGUGAAGUUCUACAACGUCACUGACGGUAAACCUGUGACACACGCGAAACUCGAGGUGACUGGCAAAGAAAGUAUCAGCAGCUUACGUAUAAAUUCCAAGAGAGAUAUGCUGGCGAUUGGAGAUGUUCGUGCGAAUGUCGAAAUAUGGAAAUUUCCACGUCACUUGUUUUGAACGUAUCUCUGAUUGACGCAAUUGCUCGUGCCAUUUGCUGAAUGGACUGACACAUCGCUACGUAUGCCUUAUGUAUUGCACAUGCAUAUGUAACUGUUUUUACUAAAGUAAAUUAUUGGAACAUUGAA